GCGCGGAACAUAAAAAUACGCGUCUCUUUUAAGCCGGUAAUGGCGUAUAAGACGAGCGGGGAAUGAAUUACCAGCCCAGUCGACGCCGGGCUGUGAGAGGGGAGUUACACACCCGCACCGCCGCUCCCGCCACCACGCCGUCACGCACGCUUCCUCCUCCUCCUCCUUCCCUCCAAGAUGCCGCUAAGGGCCAGAAACAUUCACCUACUAUACAUUUACCCACUGGAGAAAUCGGACACCCCUCGAGAGCAGAGUAAUGGAAAAUAUUGCUGGAAAUUUUAGUGAUUCAAAAGGCAGUUCCCGGACUCGUCACAGACCGACCCUAAACGCACGAACUAGUGUUGCUGAAGGUGUCGUGUGACCGUUGGUGAAGCGGUGUGUGUGUGUGUGAACGUUGUGUUACGAGAUCACGAGGGAAGUGUAACAGCUCUCAUUAAACAAACGUCUAUAAAACUCGCGUUGAAUAAGACGAUUAACGAGCCUGAAAAUAAAACGCCCACCGCUCCCUUUGAUACCCAGGACACGCAGUAAACAACGACAGGGCAGAGCAAGAGCGUGUGUUCAACGAAGCGAAGAAGAUUUAACGAUAAGAAAACACGGACAUACACUCGUUUUUUUCCCUGUGUGUAAAUUGUUGCUGUAAACAUCUCAGAGCCUGCCCGGCGGCCCCCAAGGUCAAGGAGGAGGGCGCCGACCAAUCACAGGACACCAAAUCGCCCUGGACUGGAUUCCUCGCUUCUCAUUGGCUGCUAGAAAUUACAGAAUGCCGCAACACAACAGACGCGCUUCUUUACUGGUUAUCAAGUUGACGUUGUUCUCACACCUGUUCACGGCGGCCUCAGGGCAGUGUCGCGGAACAGAAACGUUCGAGAAGGUGUCGCGGGCAACCCUGGAGGGCGUGGAGAGGGCGCCGCCGCUCUUCACGUACUCGGGGGGCGCGGUGACGGCCGGAUGCCUCGACAGGUGCCGCGAGUCCAGGUCAUGCUCAGGCUUCGUCGUGGACUACAGCAGAGAGGCAUGCUUCCCCCUCAGCCCCGUCUUCCCCCCAGCAGGCCCUAACCCCAGUCCCCGCCCCGCCGACUACCCCGUCAGCUACUUCCAGAAACUGUGUCUGACUGGCCCGGCGUGCGGCAAGGCGUGGAUGCUAGAGCGAGUCGUGGGCUUUGAGAUCGACGGUUACGACGACUUGGUGCUAACGGAGGUGACGAGCCGAGUGAAGUGCGCCGAGCUGUGUCUGGGCGAGAGGAAUUUGAGGUGUCGAAGUGCAGAGUACCAUGAAAGAGACCGCGUGUGCCGCCUGAGCCGCCAGGACCGCCGCACGCAGCCCCUCAGCUUCCGGCCCUCCAGCUCCUUCGUCCACUACAUCGAGAACCAGUGUGCCGGGAUUCCUCUGCAACAAAACUGUGAGUAUGAGGAGUUUGCGGAACAGGAUCUUGGUCACCCGGACUUACAACUGUCCCUCACGUCCAAAGAUGAGUGCCAAGCCGCGUGUGAGAGUGAGGAGACUCUGAACUGCCGCUCCUACACGUGGCUGCCUAGGGCGGGCGCGUGUCGGCUGUCGGGGGACGAUAUGGUGUCAGCGGGGUCGUCAGCAGUGGUGCCCUCCCCCGGCGCCUCCUACUACCAGAGGGCCACCUGCUUGGACCUACGACUGUCGUGCACCGUGGACGCCAUGACGGUCAAGCUGUACACGCCGGAGCCGUUCAAGGGGCGCCUCUUCUCCCAGGACUACCCUACCACGUGCAAGUCCAACGACAAGGCCAGGACGGAAACCGCCCUCGUCAUCAACUUCCGCGACCCCGAGUGUGGCACCGUGGACGAAGGGGGCGGCGUGUACAGCAACGUGGUGGUGGUGCAGCAUCACCCGGUCAUCCAGCGACGCGGGGACAAGGCCAUCAAGCUGCUCUGUCUCUUCCAGGCCACCAACAAGACCGUCACCGACUCCUUCAACUUUAUAGUGGACAGUACCUUCCCCGGUGGAGGCGUCGCCACGGCCAUCGUCAACGCUACCGCCCCGUCGCCGAGGAUUCGUCUGCGCAUCGUGGACCGCUCAGGCAACGACAUCAACGGGGCAAGGCUGGGCGAGGAGCUCUACCUCAGACUCGACCUCGAUGAUGACAGUGUGUACGGGAUCCUGGCACGUAACUUGGUGGCCAAGAGCGGCGACAACAGCGACUCAAUCACGCUCCUGGACGAGAGAGGCUGCCCCGCCGAUCCCGCCAUCUUCCCGUCCCUGCAGCCCAUCCCCAACUCCCGAAGCCUCCAGGGCAAGUUCGAAGCCUUCAAGUUCUCCGAGGACCAGGUCGUGAGGUUCCAAGUCAACGUUCAGUUCUGUCUUGAGGAGUGCCAGCCGGCUCAGUGUGGCUCUGUCGUGUCCUAUGGCCGAAGAAAACGCCGAAACCUGAGGGGCAAAGGUAGCCUGUUGACCCUGGGAGGAGAGCUUACCCUUGUGGGGGGAGAGGUCACGCUGAAGGAGGAGGAAAAGGAGGACGAGGACGACGUGGAGGUGCUGGGGGCGGAGGACCAUGUGUACCACGAGAUGCCGCUGCAGAAGGAGAUCCUCGUGGAGAGCACCAGCGUGAAGCCCCUCAAGUCAGGACUACUGCCGGAGGAGACGGAAGCCCGCCGCCUCGCCGACCUGGUGUGUACGUCCCGCGAGGUGCUGAUCGCCAUGGUAGUGUCCGCUGUUAUCGUGCAGAUCUGCAUCAUCCUCAUCGCCAUCAUGUGUGUCUUUGCCCGUCGGAGGAGGAAGCAGAACACCACCGAGGUCCAGGGCGCCUCCAGCCUCACCCUGAGCCGCGGGUACCGACGCUCCCCCUACGCCCUCUCCACCUCCGAGGACUCCGCCAACACCCUGAAGACCCUGAGGACCUCCCUGAGAGACUGAGUGUGUGUGUGUGUGUGUGUGUGUGUGUGUGUGUGUGUGUGUGUGUGAUAAAGUGAUAGUGAGUGAGAGAGAGAGAGAUGGAAUAAAAUUAAACAAACCAAAAAUACUUAAACAAAGAAAGAAAAGGAGAAAAAAAAAUAAUAGGAGAAAAGAGAAAGCAUAUUCAUUUUUUUUUAAUUAGAAAUAUAUGAAAGGAAUAAAUAACUACAGAAUGAGAGGGAAAAAAAUCUAUCAAGCCAACAGUAUUGAAAUAAAUAAAAAGAAAUUAAAGAGACGGAGAGAAACAUAAGAUAAAAAAAAAAUUACGAGCCAUAUACGAAGCUUUCUCAAUAAAAAAAAUAUAUAAUAAAGGGGUAACUAAAGUAUAGGAGGAAGAAUAACGUAGAUUAAUGUGUGAAUGUUCCGACGAUACAACGAAAACUUGGAAAAGAAGCACUGAGCGUGAAUGUGAAUGAACGGCUUAGAGGCAUUAAUAAGAGUAAUUUAUAUAAGCAUAACUCUUGGAGAGAAUAGAGAAAACUAAGAACACAAACAUAAAUAACUUGGGAACUGACGUGCAAUGUAGGAGAGCACACAUUAUUUGAAAAGUGAGAUGUUAAUAACUGUGUGUAAAUAGCGUUCUGUACAUUUGGCAAACCAAGAAUCACAAGGGACCAGGAGAGGUGAAGGUUGGGGGAGUUUCCUUUACCUUGUCAAAAUGAUAAUUAUAAUGGGUCCAGUGAUGAAUUAUUAGGGACUAGUAGAUAAAGUUAUUACGCUUCAAUCACUUAGGUUAUGUGAUGCUAUGUUGAGAGAAAGAGAGAGAGAGAGAGAGAGAGAGAGAGAGAGAGAGAGAGAGAGAGAGAGAGAGAGAGAGAGAGAGAGAGAGAGAGAGAGAGAGAGAGAGAGAGAGAGAGAGAGAGAGAGAGAGAGAGAGAGAGAGAGAGAGAGAGAGAGAGAGAGAGAGAGAGAGAGAGAGAGAGAGAUAGUGAAUAUAGUAUUUGUACAGUGUAAAAUAUCUUAUGUACAGAUUAUUU